CAACCACUUCUUUUCUCCAUAUCUCUCUCUCUCUCUCUCUCUCUCUCUCUCUUUCUAUCUCUCUGCUUCUCCAUUCCUCAUCUCCCUUCGUUGUGUGCAUGUUUGUUCUCCCAAUCACUUCGUUUUCGCAAUUAGCUUCACCCCAUUUUGUGUUGUUACAUUGUAGCAACAAAUGGACAGAGCAGAGCUCCGGAGGGUUUUCCAGAUGUUCGACCGGAACGGGGACGGGCGCAUCACCAAGCAGGAGCUGAGUGACUCAUUGGAGAAUCUAGGCAUCUUCAUCCCCGAUAAGGACUUGCACCAGAUGAUAGAGAAGAUCGACGCGAAUGGAGAUGGGUUUGUAGACAUUGACGAGUUCGGGGCGUUGUAUCAGAACCUGAUGGACGAGAGGGACGACAGAGAGGACCCGGAGGAGGACAUGAGGGAAGCGUUCAAUGUGUUUGAUCAGAACGGGGAUGGUUUCAUUACUGUGGAGGAGUUGAGAUCGGUGUUGGCUUCCUUGGGGCUCAAGCAAGGGAGGACAUUGGAGGAUUGCAAGAUUAUGAUAAAGAAGGUGGAUGUGGAUGGAGAUGGGAGGGUGAAUUUCAAGGAGUUUAAGCAGAUGAUGAAGGGGGGUGGAUUUGCUGCCUUGACUUCAAAUUAAUGCAAGUUUUUUUUAAAGGGGGAAUUUGUUAGAGGAGAAGAGCUGCCCUUUGUGUAAAGGAUUUAGAGGUCUCUCUCUUUGUGUAAUUUUAUCAAAAGAAAGACAAAUUCUUUCAUUUCAUUUCAUUUGUCUUGUGAUCUUUGGAUUUGAUUGAUUUGUUAUUUUGUUUUUGUGAUGGUGGUCUUGAUUAUUUGUUAUGAUCUUCAUUACUUGUAUAUUAUGUUGUUCUUUCAGAAAAGAAAAUUAAUUGAAU